AUGGAUCUUUCCUGGGGCGCCCAUUCCUCCCAUAAACGCGGAGAAGGCCGUAGAAGCCGCCGCAGCAAACAUAGAGGGGGAGAUGAUGUGGUGGGGGAGCAGCAUGACGUUUCUAUGACGGGGUUCUUAUCUGGUUUAAGGAAGACGCUCCUUAACCCGGAUGGCGGUGGUGGAGCAGCAGCAGCAGCAGCAGCAGAAGCAGAACUAGCUUCGCUUCCACAAGAUCAGCGUGAAUAUCGUGAGGCUGAGGAAUACUACUUGCCGCAGUCUCGACAGGCAUUGCAUGACCAUUGGAAGCAGCAGCUGGCGCAGCAGGAGUUGCAGUUGCAGCGCCGCAGUCGCAUGCUGCAGCAGGAGCAGGAAUACUUGCAGCAGCAGCAGCAGCAGGGUUGGGAUAUGCAAUCAUGUCUCGUAGAAGAGCAGCACAAGUGGCAUCGCCGCGUGCAGUACGGCGGCAGCAGGCUUCCCCCUAAGCCUCAGUGGACGUGCUUAGAGCGACUGCAGCGGACACUAUCAGUAGACAGCGGGGAGGAGGAGGAGGAGGAGCAGCAGCAGCAGCAUCAGCAGCAGCAGCAAAGGAGUCUUCGAGGAGAAACUGCAGAGCAAGCUACUGGCUUUGCUGCUGGGGGCCGCAAUUCAAAGCGCCGGGGCCCCUCCCAUCUCCCUCAGCUGCAUGCAGCGUGGGGAGCAGAGGGCGGCGACGCAGACCUUGCAGCAGCAGCAGCAGCAGCAGCAGCAGAAGAGGAAGAAGUAUUCAUCGGCCAGUACGAUCACGUCAGUCCUGUUGCUUCACCCCGUUUCGGCAGGGUGGACGUACACCCGGAGGCUGCUGCUGUUGCAACACAGGAGCACAGCAGCAGACACACAACAGCAGCAGCAGCUGCUGCUGCUAGAUACCCGCAUCCAUUUCAAGAAAUCCCCCCUAUGCAGCUGCCACCCGCCUACGCUGCAGCAGACGCAGCUGCAGCAUCAUAUAUCCCUAAGCUAAAAACCAAGCACAGCAGCAGCAGCAGCAGCAGCAGCAGCAAAAGCAGCCGGCGCCACCACCGCCGUUCGAAUCGUCAUCACCAUUAUGAGCAGCAGGAGCAAGACCUGCAGCAGCUGCUGCAGCAGGCGCAGCAGCAGCAGCAAGAAGAGGAGGGUGGCUAUGCUUUGGGGGCUUCUGCAAUUUCUUUUGGGUCUCCUGGGAGGCGGGGGAGAGCUGCUGCUGCACGCGCUGCUGGAGACGAAGAGCUGCUGCUGCAGCGUCGAGCUGCUACUGCUGCUUCGCUGCAGCAGCAGCUGGAUGAGGGCUGGCGUGAGACGCUGCAGCAGGACCUGCUGCACUUUCAGAGGGAAGUCUUCAGCAGCAGCAGAACAGCAGCAAACAGCAAGAACAACAAACCCAAACAUAUGCAUCUAGAGGGAGAGGGAGACAGGAGACAGCAGCAGAUAAACACUGCUCCGCAGCAGCAGCAGCAGCAAAGGCGCAGACCCUCAACACGAACGCCCGCAGCAGCAGAAGCAGAAGCAGCAGCAGCAGCAGCAGAAGCAGCAACAACAGAAGCAACAACAGCAGAAUAUGACGAAGAACAAGAAGAAGAAGAAGACGGAGAAGAACGUAUUGCUGAUGAUCCAGAAGAGCAGCAGCAGCAGCAGCAGCAACUUGAGGCAGAUGCAGCAGCAGAGGAAGCAGCCCUGUUCAACUGGGGAGAUGAAGACGCAGCAGCAGAAGCAGCAGCAGCAGCAGCAACAGAAGACGAGCAAGAAGAUGAACAAGAAGCACAAGGGCAUGAAGAAGACGAAGAAAAAGAGAGAGCAGCAGAGCAGGAAGAAGAAGAAGCGGUAGCAGCAGACUGGGAAGCAGCAGUAGCAGAAGAAGCAGCAGAAGAAGCAGCAGCAGAAGCAGCAGACGAAGAAGCUGAAGAAGAAGCUGAAAUAGAGGCGGGAGAAGAAGCAGCAGCAGAAGAAGAAGAAGAAGAAGUAGCAGAAGAAGUAGCAGAAGAAGCAGCAGAAGAAGAAGCAGCAGAAGAAGCAGCAGCAGAGGAAGCAGCAGCAGAGGAAGCAGCAGCAGAAGAAACAGCAGAAGAAGCAGCAGCAGAAGAAGCAGCAGAAGAAGCAGCAGAAGAAGAAGCAGCAGGAAGCUGCAAUGAGGAAGAAGAGGGAGGGCCUGAAGAAACGGAGGCAGAAGUUAUAGCAGACAACGCCCUACAACUUGAAGCAGAAAGCCCUGCAGCAGAAGCAGCAGCAACAGCAGCAACAGCAGCAGCAACAGCAGCAACAGCAGCAGCAGCGGGAGAAAGCGAAUGGAGCCUUGUGGCAUACUCUCAUUCAGAAGAGGGUGGUAGUGCUGAGGAGACAGUCAGUGAAGAAUCUGCUGCUGCUGCUGCUGCUGCUGCUGCUGCUGCUGCUGCAGCAGGGGAGACCGCGAAGCAAAAGGAAGCAACAGCACCGGAAGAGGCAGCGAAGCGAGGAGAAGAGCAACGAGAGCAGCGCGUUGCUUCUGCUGCAGCAGCAGAAG